AAAAGGGUAAAACUUAGUCAUCUUGCUAAGAAAACUAAAAUGAAUGAUGUUAGGGUUAAGGAUAGUGAUUCAGAAAAUAUAUAUAACAAGUUCUUCAGAAUUUAUAAUCCAAGAAGAGUUUUUAUAGUUGAAUUUUUUGCUCAAAGAAUAGAAUCGGACUUUAAUGACCAAAGCACAA